AUGUCGAACCUUGAAGACUCUAAGCAAAGACACGACAACCCCAGCAAGACUAUGAAGGAUAACGGUCAGCUUGAUACUGAAGCCCCUCGAGUGGAGAAUGUCAAUGGCCAUACGUUUCCACCGGCCAACUCAACAUCUGGACAAGCAGUUAUCCUUGACCCACGCGGUCGGCCUAUGGUCCCCCAACCGAAUUCAGACCCAUUGCAUCCUUUGAAUUGGUCAAAAUUCCAAAAAGCACUUGUGCUGUUCAUUGUUUCUUACGCCGGCUUCCUGUCCAUCUAUCUUACAACCGCACCGGUUGCAUCGCUUCCGCUGCUACAAGAGCACUUCAGCAUCAGUUACUCUGAGGUCAACUGGUCUUUGGCUGUCCCUGCUCUUGGUCUUGCCGUCGGUAUUGUGCUAUUUGCGGGGUUCUCCGAUAUCUGGGGUCGUCGCCCCGUUCUGAUAGGUACCUCUCUGAUCGCGCUGUUCUUCGUCUCCUUCAAGGAAUCGGUGCCGGGCCAGCGCUGA